GGAGCCGGAAGUGGGGGUGGCCGGGAUAGAAGCCGCAGCCAAGGCGGCAGUCGCUGCCGCUGCCGCCGCCCGGGUGUAGCGCAUCACCCGGAGCCCACCGGCCGCAGGUGCCUCCUCCCGCUCCAGGGGGCGCCGGGAGCCCUGAAGGGCGAAGCGGCAGGGACGCCUCUCUUGGGCGAAGAGGCGGCCUCGCCGCCCCGGAUGCGGCCGGAGGGCGCGGGAAUGGAGCUCGGAGGCGGCGAGGAGCGCCUGCCUGAGGAGAGCAGGAGGGAGCACUGGCAGUUGCUGGGUAAUUUGAAGACGACGGUGGAGGGUUUGGUAUCAAGCAACAGCCCCAACGUCUGGUCUAAGUAUGGUGGCUUGGAGCGGCUUUGCAGGGACAUGCAGAGCAUCCUCUACCAUGGGCUGAUCCAUGACCAGGCGUGCCGCCGCCAGACUGAUUACUGGCAGUUCGUGAAAGACAUCCGGUGGCUCAGUCCCCAUGCAGCCCUUCACGUGGAGAAGUUCAUCAGCUUGCACGAGAACGGCCAGAGCAGUGCUGAUGGUGUGAGUGAACCUGCUGUUGCCGAGCUGUGGCUGCAGCACAGCCUGCAGUGCCACUGCCUCUCAGCCCAGCUCCGGCCCCUGCUCGGGGAUAGACAGUAUAUCAGAAAAUUCUACACAGAUGCUGCCUUCCUGCUAAGUGACGCUCACGUCACGGCCAUGCUGCAGUGCCUGGAAGCAGUGGAACAGAACAACCCCCGUCUCCUGGCUCAGAUCGACGCGUCCAUGUUUGCCAGAAAGCACGAGAGCCCACUCCUGGUGACAAAGAGCCAGAGCCUUACAGCCCUGCCCAGUUCCACAUACACCCCUCCAACCAGCUAUGCUCAGCAUUCCUACUUUGGGUCCUUCUCUAGCCUCCAUCAAUCCGUGCCCAACAAUGGCUCAGAGAGAAGAUCUACUUCCUUUUCACUCUCUGGCCCUCCCCGGAAACCUCAAGAAAGCAGAGGGCACAUCUCACCAGCAGAGGAUCAAACCAUCCAAGCCCCCCCAGUUUCAGCCUCUGCACUAGCCAGGGAUUCCCCUUUGACCCCAAAUGAAAUGAGCUCCAGUACUCUGACCAGCCCCAUAGAGGCAUCCUGGGUCAGCAGCCAGAAUGAUUCCCCCGGUGAUGCCAGUGAAGGGCCUGAGUACCUGGCCAUUGGCAACUUGGACCCCCGAGGCCGGACUGCCAGCUGUCAGAGUCACAGCAGCAAUGCCGAGAGCAGCAGUUCCAAUUUGUUCUCCUCCAGCAGCUCCCAGAAGCCAGAUUCUGCUGCCUCUUCCUUAGGGGACCAGGAGGGAGGUGGGGAGAGCCGGCUGUCCAGUGUCCUCCGCAGGUCCAGCUUCUCAGAGGGGCAGACACUCACCGUCACCAGUGGGGCAAAGAAAAGCCAUAUUCGCUCCCAUUCGGAUACCAGCAUCGCCUCCAGAGGAGCUCCAGAAUGUGAUUUAACUUGUUGGAAAUCUUGAGGAGAAGAAUCUCCAAAUCAAAGCCUGUCUUCCCAUGAGCUUUCUUAGAUGUGAAGAUGAGUGGGCUGGACCCUCACUUCACAUCUCCUGCUGCAGGCCUGAUGUCUGCCAUAGUCCAAGCCAUUGGCCUUUGAGCAUGUAACACUUUCCCGCCCCAUUCUUGAAUCCAUAUGGAUUCCAGUGGAAUCCUGCACUGGAAAAAGGGAGCCAGCGAAAAUGUGUGCAGAGGAUCUGAGGAAACAUGGGUCACGCGCAGCUUCUUCUUGGACAAGCCAUCCGUCCUUCACAACUGGGGUUUCCUCUUGGGAGUUCCAUCCCCACUUCUGCUGGGUAAAAUUUAGGACACUUUUUUUCUCUCUCUGUAUUCUCAUUGCUCUAUCUGGACUCUCCUCUGCACCUGUCUGUCUACCUGCAGGAGGCCCCAGGAAUAUCACCAUUAUAGUUGAAGAUCCCAUUGCAGGUUUGGGAAUCGGU